CGCAGCAGCCGGUAGAAGCUGAGCCAGGAAUCCGAAUCCGUCAGAGUUUCCAUUAAACAUGUUGUAUGGGGAGCUAUUCGACGCCUUUGGUGACCUAUUAGUCGGGUGCUGCAAGAAGUAUGCCGUCUGCUGGAUUAUCCUUGCGGUGACCGCACUGGGUGUGACCUUGGGUCUGGUCUUUGGACUGCGGAGCAAGGCGGAGGAGCCCCGUCGCAUUGGCGCCGUGGCCUCGAAUGGCGUGGGAUGUGCGGAGGUGGGCGGCUCCAUGCUGGACAUCGGAGGCUCUGCGGCGGAUGCGGCCAUAGCCACCAUGUUGUGCGAGGGCGUGAUGCUGCCCCACAGCUUGGGCGUGGGCGGUGGGUUCGUGGCCACCAUUUACUCCAGAGAGACCGAGUUCAGUGAGGUUCUAAUUGCCCGAGAAACCGCUCCUGCCGCGGCCACGCAGGACAUGUUUGUCGGAAAGGAAAUCACGGGCGCACUAUCCUGUGCCGUUCCCGCAGAAAUCUAUGGCUACUCCGAGCUGCACGACAAGUAUGGCCGUCUGCCCUGGAAGACGCUCUUCCAGCCCACCAUCGAUCUCUGCCGGCGCGGCAUCCUGGUCUCCAGAUACCUCUCCGGAGUCCUUCAACGCGAGGAGGAGCGUAUCAGAAGCGAGCCGUCGAUGGCCGAGAUCUUCAUCAAUCCGAAAACGGAUGAGGUGUACAAGGAGGGCGAGGUCAUGUACCGUCACACCCUGGCCGAAACUCUGGAAAUCAUCGCGGAUGAGGGCGCCAAAGCAAUCUAUGGCGGCGGCAGGGUGGGCAGGAAACUGGUCGAGGAUAUCCAAGCCAUGGGCGGCAUUGUCACCGAAGAGGAUCUGCAGAAAUACCAUGUUCGCUGGGAAGUGCCGCUCCACUCCCACUUCAAUGGCGGCUACAAGCUCCUCACCUCCACACUGCCCACCAGUGGGGCCGUGUUGACCUUCAUGCUGAACGUGAUGGAGCCGCUGUACACGAGCAACACGGACAAGUACUGGCAGCGAUUGGUGGAGACUUUCAAGCACGCCUACGGCCAUCGCACCAAUCUGGGCGACAUCCACUAUGAACCAGAUGUCCAGGAGGUGUACGAAAACCUCAUCGAUCCCGCCUUCGCCGCUCAGAUCCGCAAGCUCAUUUUGGACGACAGGACCUUCGAGGACAUGUCAUACUAUGGAGCCAAUUUUGCCAACGAGGAGGAUCAUGGGACAGCGCACAUUUCGGUUUUGGCGCCAAAUGGCGAUGCCAUCUCAGUGACCAGCACCAUAAACAGCCACUUGGGAGCCAAGGUGAGGUCCCGCCAAACAGGCUUCAUCCUGAACGACGAAAUGGACGACUUCAGUACGCCCGGAAAGAUAAAUACCUACGGCAUACCCGCCAGUCCCGCCAACUUCAUCAAGCCUGGCAAGCGGCCGAUGUCCUCCACUUGUCCCAGCAUCGUGUUGGACACCCACGGCAAUGUUAAGCUGAUUGUGGGUGGUGCCGGUGGGUCCAAGAUCACCACAUCCGUGGCCCAGACUAUCCUAAGGUACUUUGUGCUCCACGAGCCGAUUGAGAAGGCGGUGAAUUCGGGACGACUGCAUCACCAGCUGGCGCCAAUGCACAUCGACAUGGAACCGAAUGUUCCCAGGCACACUGUGGCCUAUUUGAGAGCCAUUGGACACGACAUCAUAUUCCUGGAGGACGACAAGGCUUACUCCGCACAGACGGCCAUUGGAAUCUUGGGCACUGAACCUCACCCCGUCUGCGAUCGCAGGAGAGUGGGUAGCGCGGUGGUGGUGGAACCAGAUGUAUUAGAUUAG